GACAUGCGCUGGUCGAAUGCGCAGCCGGUGUUGUGCGGCAUGCUCGAACCAGAUCUGGACAUCGAGCCGUUAAUGUCGCUGGGUGUCUCUGCCAGCAUAGCGCGGAAAGCUAUGAGACUUUUUCCCGGCGAUGUAGAGGCGGCAGCGAACUAUUGUUUGGACUCAGAGCCCAGACACAAAGCAGUCUGCCUCAGCGAGCGCGAGCACGUCAUGCCAGCAGCCUUGACCGGAGUGUUUGACUUGGUAUCGGGAG